AUGCUGACUCUUCUUUGUAAGGAAAAUCUUAAGCUAUGUUCUCUUGGUUCUUUACUUUAUGAGUUUGUUACGGAGGCAUUUGACUUCGAUUAUCCAAUAAAAUACCCUUUUGAUACUGCUUGGAUUGUGGGUUCUGUCAAUGGCUUAAUUUGUCUUAAAAAUGCGAAAGAAUAUUUAUUGCUAUGGAAUCCAUCUAUUAGAAAGCUCAAGAAAGUUACUUCUUUUGUAGCUGCACCGACGCCGACGCCUGGUCGCUACAGAUAUGGUUUUGGAUAUGAUGAGCUUAAUGAUGAUUAUAAGUUAGUGAGUGCUUUUUAUAGUACCAAUGGUCGCUCUGAUGUUAAGGUCAAUAUGUAUAGUUUAAAUAGUGAUCAUUCUUGGAGAAGGAUUGAUGAUUUCCCCGAUGGGGUGUUAUUGGGUUCAGCUAAGUCCGUCGAUGGGAAGCUUCAUUGGAUUACUACUGGUAGUUGUCCUGGGUGCAAUGAUAGGGUCAUCAUUUCUAUUGAUUUGGCUGGUGAGAAAUGGGGAAAGCUGGAGCAGCCCUGCUAUGGAGUAGAAUAUUUUCUUCUGUGGCUGGGAGUGUUGUUUUGUAAAUAUUACGAGAGAAACUGCAUAGAUGUGUGGGUUAUGAAAGAAUAUGGGGUCAAAGAGUCUUGGACAAGAAUGUAUACCAUCGAAUUUCGUCCUGAUGUCGAGAACUCUGUGCCUUCUCCACCCCUUUGCAUGUCAGAUAAAGGUGAAAUUGUUCUUGUGUUUGGAUCAACUUUCAUGAUUUACAAUCCAAAGGAUGGCUUGAUCAGAUAUCUAGAGGUUGCUAACAUUCGUUUUUGUAUUGCGGGGAUCGUCUACAUUGAAAGCCUAGUUUGUCCAAUCUUAUGA